UCAGGUGUUGGUAAAUCCAACAUCCUCUCCAGGUUCACCCGCAACGAGUUCUGCUUGGAGUCCAAGUCCACCAUUGGGGUUGAAUUCGCUACCAGAACAUUGCAGAAAUGGAGCAAGAAUUGGAGAAGAGAAAGAUAGAAGAAGAAGAAGAAGAGAAAUGGGUGCUUGAUGCUUCUAAGGAUUACAAAGGGAGAGUUCCUCUCCGUGCCUCUACUGGUUCAUGGAAAGCUUCUCUCUUUGUCCUCACAAUUGAGUUUAGUGAACGGGUAAGCUUCCUUGGGAUAGCCAUUAACCUAAUCUCCUAUCUGACUAAAGUGAUACAUGAAGAUCUCAACACAGCAGCAAAAAAUGUAAACUAUUGGACAGGAACAACAACCCUCAUACCUCUUAUAGGUGGAUUUCUUGCAGAUGCAUACACUGGCCGCUUUCUUAUGAUCCUGCUUUCUUCCCUUGUAUACAUCAUGGGUUUAAGCCUGUUAACUAUGUCUCAGUUCAUACCAAGUCUAAAGCCAUGCAACAUCAAUCUAUGUCACCAGCCUAGGAAGCUCCAUAUAGUAGUUUUCUUCCUUUCCUUGUACUCUAUCUCCUUGGGAACUGGAGGAUACAAGCCAUGCUUGCAAAGCUUUGGAGCUGAUCAAUAUGAUGACGACAACACCCAAGAGAGGAAGAAAAAGAUGUCUUUCUUCAACUGGUGGAACUUUUCAUUGUGCUUUGCAUUGCUUCUUGGUUCAACAUUGGUUGUUUAUGUUCAAGAUGACUUUGGCUGGGGAACUGCAAGUCUUGUCAUCACUAUAUUUAUGACACUCACUGUUAUGACUUUCUAUGUGGGGAAGUCAUUUUACAGGUAUAGGAGACCAGAAGGGAACCCUUUAACCCCGGUUUUUCAGGUGCUAAUUGCGGCCAUAAGGAAGAGGAAAUUGUCCCAUCCUUCAAGUCCUUCCAUGUUGUAUCAAGUCUCAAAGUCAGAGUCCCAUGGAAGGCUUCUAAGCCAUACCAGCAGGCUCAGGUUUCUUGACAAGGCUGCAAUAAUCGAAGACAAAAAUGUUGAGGAGAAUGAGAAUCCAUGGAGAUUAGCAACAGUGACAAGAGUGGAAGAGACAAAGCUGCUUCUCAAUGUUAUCCCCAUUUGGGUAACUUCACUAAUAGUUGGAAUCUGUGUAGCACAAGCCACAACACUCUUUGUGAAACAAGCAGCUGCUAUGAACUUAAAGAUAAGCAACAACAGUUUCAAUGUCCCACCAGCUUCCAUUACCUCUUUUGCAGCCAUAGGAACCUUAAUAGUUGUCCCUAUCUAUGACAAGAUUAUUGUUCCAAUUCUGAGGAAAGUCACUGGCAAUGAAAGAGGCAUCAGCAUCCUUCAGAGGAUGGGAAUUGGCUUAACAUUCAUAGUCAUAGUCAUGGUUGUUGCAGCAUUAGUAGAAUCAAAGAGACUAAGAAUGGAUGCAACAGAGAAAAAAACCAUGAGUGUUGUGUGGUUGAUACCACAAUACUUGUUAAUUGGAUUUGGAGAUUCAUUUUCCUUAGUUGCUUUGCAAGAGUAUUUCUAUGACCAAGUUCCUGAUUCAAUGAGGAGUCUUGGAAUGGCUUUGUAUCUUAGUGUUAUUGGUGUUGGAAACUUCUUGAGCAGCUUUCUAAUCACAAUUGUGGAUCAUGUCACUGGCAAAAAUGGAAAGGCUUGGAUUGGGAAGGACAUAAAUUCAAGUCAUUUGGACAGGUUUUAUUGGCUUCUGGCAGUGAUUAGUGCUUUGAAUUUGUGUGUGUAUGUGUUUUUGGCAAAAAGGUACACUUAUAAAACUGUUCAAAGGAGAACAUUGGAAAAUGAUGACGUGGAUAUCAAUAUCAUCAUGCCAUGAUUCAUUACAUAACAUACCAACUUCAUGU